AUGGGGGCCCGCGCCAAAGAGCGCGGGGAUGCUGCUGUACGACGGAAGGACUUUCAGGACACGGAUCGAAGGAUGAAUGGCCCUGUUGUUUUGGAGGAAGGGUCGGAGGAAUAUGAGGAACCGUGCCCAAAAAAACAACUUUCACCCCAGUUCCAACAUGUUCAAACGCAAGAGCUCCGCAAACGGAAGACGGCUGAGGCUGUCGCCUGCUACAGCGAAGCGAUCGAGCAGAUCGAUGGCAGAGAGCUGUUGCCGUCCCUCUGGUGCAACCGGGCCUUGGCGCAUUUGCACUUGGAGGCUUGGGAAGCCGCGGAAGCGGAUGCCAGCGCUGUCCUCGCUGGCAGCUGUGAGGAGAAGCUCCGCGUGAAGGCCCUCUACCGGAGAGCCUUGGCCCUGGAGGCUUUACAGCGCCUAGAAGAGGCGGAAGUAGACAUCAACCUGGCGCUGAAGGCGGCCCCGAGCAAUGCGGGCAUUGCAGAGGCAGCACGCAGGCUUCGGGCCAGACGCAGCUCACCGGUGAACAGCUGGGUACCCGGGCAGCCGUAUCACAGCCCUGCGGUGCGACGCUUGGCAACAGACAUCCCUGGCAGUCAGCUGGGGCAGCUCGGGGCAAAUGCCGAGGAGCUCUGCAUCCGUUUCGACAACGGCAUGGCAGUCCAAGUCCACGGCCAGACGGGGAGUUUGAUGGCCAUCCGCCAGAGGGUGAUGGCCAGGUCAGAUGCAUUCCAGCUGGGCGAUGGUUUGCAGGCAGAGUACGACAUCGGUGGGAACCUGGUGCGGCUUUAUGCAAAGUUCGCUCAGGAUGGCGGUGGGAGUGCGGUGGCAUGGAAGGACUUGGAAGGGCCGUAUGUCAGCUUCAACUCAGAUUCCACGCUCAGUGGGCCGCCCUGGACAGCGAUAUCAUAUGGGGGUUGUGUCUGA